AUUCAGCAGAUUUUUUACACUCCCUUAACUUUGGUCUCUCAGAUAGAUCAGAUGAUGAUGCUCCAUCUAAAAUCUUGAAGACUGGCCGGGAACUCUAUGUUUGACACCACCUUUGACACUGUAGUGUCUCAAAAGGAGGAAGAUCAUGAUGAUGAUGAGGGGUAUAUACGAGUUUUGCUUGACAGAGAAACCGCCAUUAAUGGGGGAUUCCAAAAGCUUGAACUUUCGCAGGAGAAAUGGAUCCAAGAAGCUCGAUCCAAUGCAAUACAUUACAUUAUCAAAACUGGAGCGGUUUUUGGGUUCGGAAUGCAAACGGUUUACCUGUCAAUCACUUAUCUUGAUAGGUUCCUUUCAAGAAGAACCAUAGUUGGAGAAAAGUGGUGGGCAAUGAAGGUAGUGGGGAUAGCAUGUGUUUCCAUAGCAGCAAAAAUGGAGGAAAGCAAUAAUAAGAUUCCAUCACUAACAGAGUACCCAAUGGAGGAGCCUUUCAUUUUUCAGAGCAGUUUGAUCCAAAGAAUGGAGCUUUUGGUUCUCAACACUUUGGACUGGAAAUUGCACUUCACAACCCCUUUUGAUUUCACUCCCUACUUUUUAUCAUAUUUCACUCCAACCCCUUCCCACCCUAAGAUCAUUUGCUCAACAACAACAACUGUGGAUAUCAUCAUCUUCAAUGCCCUCACAGAUGCAAAGUUAAUGAGGCAUAGGGCACCUGUACUAGCAGCAGCUGCAACCUUACUGGCACUGGAUGGACUACUAGUCAAAGAGGAUCUGGAGGUUAAGAUCAAUGCCUUACCUUCAGGAUGAUGUUUUGUGGUGCUAUAAACAAAUGAAGGGAUUAGAAAUGG